GCAGAAGUCCAGCUUCUUGCCCAGCUACAUCAUCGACGUGCGGGAGCUGGACGAGAAGCUCCUCAACAUCAUCGACAUGCAGUUCCUCUACGGCUACUACGAGCCCACCCUCCUCAUCCUCUUCGAGCCCAACCAGACCUGGCCGGGGCGGGUGGCGGUGCGCCAGGACACCUGCAGCAUCGUGGCCAUCUCCCUCAACAUCAUGCAGAAGGUCCAUCCCGUCAUCUGGUCCCUCAGCAACCUGCCCUUCGACUGCACCCAGGCGCUGGCCGUCCCCAAGCCCAUCGGUGAGCGACGCUACGUCCUGACGCUGAUCACGGAUGGGAUGAGGAGCGUCCGCUCCUUCCACUUCGACAAGGCGGCCGCCAGCGUCCUCACCACCUGCAUGGUGACGAUGGAGCCGGGGUACCUGUUCCUGGGGUCGCGCCUGGGGAACUCCCUGCUGCUCAAGUACACCGAGAAGCUGCAGGAGACCCCCGCCAACGGGGGCAAGGAGGCGGCCGACAGGCAGGAGGAGCCCCCGGUGAAGAAGAAGCGGUCGGAGUCCUCAGGGACCUGGGCAGGAGGGAAAUCGGCGCCGCAGGACGAGGUGGACGAGAUCGAGGUGUAUGGCAGCGAGGCGCAGUCAGGCACCCAGCUCGCCACCUAUUCCUUUGAGGUCUGCGACAGCAUCCUCAACAUCGGCCCCUGCGCCAACGCCGCCAUGGGGGAACCGGCGUUCCUUUCGGAGGAGUUUCAGAGCAGUCCGGAACCAGACCUGGAGAUCGUGCUCUGCUCCGGCUACGGCAAAAACGGAGCCCUCUCCGUCCUGCAGAAAAGCAUCCGACCCCAGGUGGUGACGACCUUCGAGCUGCCGGGCUGCUACGACAUGUGGACCGUCAUCGCGCCCCAGAAGAAGGAGGAGCCGGACGAAAACGCCGCAGGGGAAAACGCUGAGAAGGAGCCGGCUCCUCCCGAACCCCCCGAGGAGGAUGGCAAGAGGCACGGCUUCCUCAUCCUCAGCCGCGAGGACUCCACCAUGAUCCUGCAGACGGGGCAGGAGAUCAUGGAGCUGGACACCAGCGGCUUUGCCACGCAGGGUCCCACCGUCUUCGCCGGCAACAUCGGCGAGAACCGCUACAUCGUCCAGGUGUCACCGCUGGGCAUCCGGCUGCUGGAAGGAGUGAACCAGCUGCACUUCAUCCCGGUGGAUUUGGGCUCGCCGAUCGUCCACUGCGCCGUCGCCGACCCCUUCGUGGUGAUCAUGAGCGCCGAGGGGCAGGUCACCAUGUUCGUCCUGAAAAGCGACACGUAUGGGGGCCGGACCCACCGCCUCACCCUCCAAAAACCCCAGCUCCACCACCAAUCCAAGGUGAUCGCCCUCUGCCUCUACCGGGACGUCAGCGGGAUGUUCACCACGGAGAGCCGGGCGGCCAGUGCCCGGGAUGAGCUCUCCCUCCGCACCCACUCGGAGGCAGAGACCCUCAUCCAGGACAUCAGCGACACAGUGGACGACGAGGAGGAGAUGCUCUACGGAGAUUCGGGGGCUCUUUUCAGCCCGGCUAAGGAAGAACCGCGUCGCAGCAGCCUCCCCUCCGCCGACCGGGAUCCCCACCAGUAUAAACCAGAGCCCACCCAUUGGUGCGUACUGGUGCGGGAGAACGGCGCCAUGGAGAUCUACCAGCUGCCGGAUUGGCGCCUGGUGUUCCUGGUGAAGAACUUCCCGAUGGGGCAGCGGGUGCUGGUCGACAGUUCUUUCGGACAACCGGCCGCCCAAGGGGACGGCAAGAAAGAAGAGGUGACGCGGCAGGGAGAGCUGCCCUUGGUGAAGGAGGUGCUGCUGGUGGCGCUGGGCAAUCGCCAGAGUCGGCCGUACCUGCUGGUCCACGUGGAGCAGGAGCUGCUCAUCUACGAGGCCUUCAGCCACGACUCCCAGCUGGGCCAGAGCAACCUCAAAGUCCGGUUUAAGAAGGUCCCCCACAACAUCAAUUUUCGCGAGAAGAAGCUCAAACAGUCCAAGAAGAAGCCGGAGAGCGCGGGGGGCGAGGAGCCGGGGGGGCCCCGCGGCCGCGUCGCUCGCUUCCGCUACUUCGAGGACAUCUACGGAUACUCAGGGGGGCUGCCGGGACAGGGGGAGCUGCGGAUCAGCGUCCUGCCCGCCUACCUCUCCUACGAUGCGCCGUGGCCUGUACGGAAGAUCCCGCUGCGCUGCACCACGCACUACGUCGCCUAUCACGUGGAGUCCAAGGUCUACGCCGUGGCCACCAGCGUCAUCAACCCCUGCACCCGCAUCCCUCGCAUGACGGGGGAGGAGAAGGAGUUCGAGAGCAUCGAGCGGGACGAACGCUACAUCCACCCGCAGCAGGAAGCCUUCUCCAUCCAGCUCAUCUCCCCGGUGAGCUGGGAGACCAUCCCCAACACCAGGAUCGACCUGGAGGAGUGGGAGCACGUCACCUGCAUGAAGACGGUGUCCCUGAAGAGCGAGGAGACGGUGUCGGGGCUGAAGGGCUACAUCGCCGUCGGCACCUGCCUGAUGCAGGGCGAGGAGGUGACCUGCCGUGGACGGAUCCUGAUCAUGGACAUCAUCGAGGUGGUGCCGGAGCCGGGGCAGCCCCUGACCAAAAACAAGUUCAAAGUCUUGUACGAGAAGGAGCAGAAGGGUCCGGUCACCGCCCUCUGCCACUGCAACGGCUACCUCGUCUCGGCCAUCGGCCAGAAGAUCUUCCUGUGGAGCCUGAAGGACAACGACCUGACGGGGAUGGCCUUCAUCGACACCCAGCUCUACAUCCACCAGAUGAUCAGCGUCAAGAACUUCAUCCUGGCCGCCGACCUGAUGAAGAGCAUCUCCCUGCUGCGAUACCAGGAGGAGAGCAAGACCCUCUCCCUUGUUAGCCGGGACGCGAAGCCCUUGGAGGUGUACAGCGUUGACUUCAUGGUGGACAGCACCCAGUUGGGAUUCCUGGUGUCCGACCGGGACCGCAACCUCCUGGUGUACAUGUACCUGCCUGAAGCCAAGGAAAGCUUCGGCGGGAUGCGGCUGCUGCGGCGCGCCGAUUUCCACGUGGGCGCCCACGUCAACACCUUCUGGAGGACGCCGUGCCGUGGGGCCGCCGACGGCCCCAACAAGAAAACCAGCGCCUGGGAGAACAAGCACAUCACCUGGUUCG